AUGAAGUUUUUAACUUUUAAUAAUUUGUUAGAGAAAAAUAUACAUAUAAGUAAAUUAGAAAAUAUAAAAAAAUUUGACGAUAAUAUAUAUAAAAUUGUAAAUGAUAGUUGUAUAAUUAAUUUGACCUACACAUCAGUUUUUUUAUACAAACUUUAUAAGAUUUUUUAUAUUCUUAAUUCAGAAAAUUUAUAUGUAACAAUAAUAAAUAAUUUUAAAUUUUAUCGUAAUAAAUUUAUUAAUUUAUUGUUAAAAUUUAGUAAUAAUAAUUUUUUUAAUAGUAGAUACUGGGUAAAAGGGUUUUUAACUAAUAAAGAAAUUUCAUACAAUAUAUUAAUAUUAAACCUUUGGGUGGAAAAAUUUUAUUUAAAAUUUAUUGAUACGUAUACUAAUCUUCGUAUUCCAUAUAAUAUUACAAAACUUAUAAAAAAAAUGCAACAUAUGUACGGUAGUUUAAAACUUAAGCCUUUUUCCAAAUUUGUUUUUUUAUUAGACGCUGAUAAAGAUACACAUGUUAUGAAAGAAUGUAUUACUUCUAAUAAAUUUUUAAUGGGUGUUUGUUCAUAUGGCAGUAGCACAGAUUUUAUAGAUUUUUAUAUAUAUAUGAAUAAAAAAAAUGAAAUAUCACUAAAUUUUUUAACAAAAUUUAUUUUAAUUGCUAGUAUGAAUGGUUGUUUUAGUAAAGUUUUUAUUUAA